GCCAUGUUGCUUUAACAAAAACCACGUGAUCGUUGUGGCGUGACGUCAUACACCCGGAAGUAAAGCCGCAUCCAGCGGUGUUGUGGAGAAUAAAGAAUACAAAGCAGGAAUAUAAAAGCUUCGUGGAAGAAGAAGUAAAUUUUCACCCGACAGGGAAUUUCGAAGGCAGAUAUGCUAUUUUUUUCCCAUUUGUAGUUUUUCUUGUAGGUCGACAGUGAAGUAAUGUAUAGCAUAUUGCACUGUAGCAUGUAGCUUAGCUACAAGACAAAUAAGAUUGACGUGUUUAAAGUUAAAGUAGCAAUGAUUGUCACACACACAUUAUUCAUAGAUUAGAGGCACAUGUUAUGAUGGCAGUGGCAGUGUUUGGAGCGAGACAAGUUCUUCUAAACCUGAGGUCCACCUUCCAAAGAGCAGACAUUUUCAGCAGAAGCAGACUAGUUAGUUGUUACCUGGUGAAGAGAAGCAGACUAGUUAGUUGUUACCUGGUGAAGAGAAGCAGACUAGUUAGUUGCUGCCUUGUGAAGCGAAGGCAGCUGUUCAUAAACAUCCCCAAGGUUGCAUUGUUGUGUUGGGGAACAUCAUCCUUGGUAGCAAAAUGCCAAGCAGCCUCUCUGCCGCCAGCAACCAUCAAGAAGAAUUCCCUCAUCAAAGUCCAAGUGCACAAACUGGUCUUCCUCCUCCACCUCGGACUGCGUGCGUUAGUCCUGCUCCUCAAAUUUGGACCCAUUCUCCUCCUCUCCCCCUUAGUUCUGCUCUCCACUGGCUGGGCUUCCCUGUGGCUGGACGCCCUGCUGUGGGUGACGGAGAGCUCCGGUGCGACCUUCAUCAAGCUGGGCCAGUGGGCCAGCACCAGGCGGGACAUUUUCUCGGAGGAGUUCUGCGACCGCUUCUCCAGGCUCCACGUGAAGGUGCGCCCCCAUCCCUGGGCUCACACCAAGCAGUGCCUCAGGAGGGCCUUUGGGGAGCAAUGGAGGAAGGUACUCACCUUCCAGAGCAAAGAGCCAGUGGGUUCAGGCUGCGUGGCUCAGGUGUACCAAGGCUGGGCCAAGAAGGACCAGGUGGAAGACCCGGCCUUCAAGACGCUGGUGGAGGAGUUGGAUAAAGAGGACCUUCUGGAAGCGUGGGAGAUUCCUGGUUUGGGAGGAGUGGUGAGCUCUCUGUGGAAUCUCUGGAAGGGGAACAAGGAGGUGGAUCAGGGGCCGCAUGAGCAGAACAUCUCCCAGAAAGAUCACAUGAUACCUGUCGCAAUCAAGGUGGUCCACCCAGGCAUCAAAAGGCAGGUGGAGAUGGACCUGCUGCUGAUGAAGGCCGCUAGUUGGCUCCUGCACUGCCUGCCUGGACUCAAGUGGCUCAGCUUGUGCGAGAUAGUCCAGGAGUUUGAGACGCUCAUGACCAAACAGAUGGACCUUCGCUUCGAGGCCAAGAACAUGGAGCACUUCCGGCAGAACUUCCAGCAGGUGGACUACGUCAAGUUUCCCACCCCACUACGGCCUUUUGUCACCAGGACUAUUUUGGUUGAAACCUUUGAGGAGAGCGAGCCCAUCUCCAACUUCCUGAAAGAGCAGAUUCCUCAGGAGGUGAAGCAAAGGAUCGCCAGGAUGGGUGUGGACACGCUGCUGAAAAUGAUCUUCGUGGACAACUUUGUCCACGGCGACCUCCACCCAGGGAACAUCCUGGUGCAAAGCAGCAGCCCACCUGCCGGCCCCGCAGACGUGGGUCAGACCACCCUCACAGACCUGUGGGACACGGUGGUGGUCAGCUUGCGACCCCGGCCCAGUCCCUUCAAGCUGGUGCUGCUGGACGCCGGCAUCGUGGCCCACCUGAACAAGGACGACCUGGCCAACUUCAAGGCCGUCUUCACCGCCGUGGUGCUGCGACAGGGCGACCGUGUGGCGGAGCUCAUCCUGCACCACGCCCGCGCCAGCGAGUGCCAGGACGUGCCGCGCUUCAAGAAGGAGAUGGCGGAGCUGGUGGAUGGCGCCCUCAGCAACACGCUGUCUCUUGGAAAGAUCCAAGUGGCCGACUUGCUGUCCAGAGUCUUCGGUCUCCUCAUCAAACACAAGGUGAAGCUGGAGAGUAACUUUGCAUCCAUGGUCCUGGCCAUCAUGGUGCUGGAAGGUCUGGGCAGGUCCUUGGACCCUAACCUGGACAUCCUGGAGAUGGCCAAACCGCUACUCAUCAACAACUCCAAGCGCUAAUCAAGCGUUUCCAAGGUUUGAGGCCUAAAAUAGCUCAACCAGUACAAGAAGGACAAUCACUUAUUUCAUUCCUGGUGACUUAACUGCAGAGAGUGCAUGGUGUCUGAUAGAGCUCAAGGUCUUGUGUUGUAGGAUGAUUAUAUUGUGCUACUAUUUCACAUGUGUCAGAGGUCCCACAAUAGUGGAGUUGGCAUAGCUCCAUCUUUCAUUUUAAGAUGUGUAGUGAAGCCUUUUUUUUUUUACAAAGAUGACUUCAUUAUGAGUCUAUUUUGCAUACCUUUUUUUCAACUUUAGCACCCACGAAUAUAAUAGUCUUGUUUUGUAACUUGAAACCAUCCCACAAUAGUUCAUUGCAAGUGUACAUCCAGGUUUCAUUUUAAGAUGUGUGGUGAAGCUUGCUGUCCUUCAAAAGCUGAAAUAAGGAGUCCAUUUUGUUGAGACUAUGCUGCACACAAAUAUAUAUAUAUAUAUAUAUAUAUAUAUAUAUAUAUA